CUUUCAUCCAAAAAGAAAAAUCUGGAGAGAGAAACAACAACUGAAAGGCCAUACAUACAAUUAUAAACAAGAUCUCAAUUAUAUACAUACGUACAUAUAUAAGAAGAAACAAGCAACAUGUCUGAGGCAUACUUUGAUGAAUACGAGCACUACAACUUCGACCAUGGCAAACACAUCUUUUCGGGCCACAGCGGCAAACAGCGCUCCAAGAAGGAGGCCAGCGAGCACACCAACCACUUUGACCCGUCGGGCCACUCGAGGAAAAUUUUAACCAAGCUCAUGAACACCAACAAUAAUAAAAAGAUUUUGAAAAACUGAUACACCAGGUGUACAAAA